AUGUCUGAUUCUAUGAAGCUAAUUUUUCUCUCUCCUCUGCUAGCCUUCGCCAUCGAGGUCCCGAUUGGACCCCUCAUCAACGACGAUGCCACCCUCGCCCUCGCCGUCAACGGAGAAAUUUACAAUCAUCGAAUCCUAAGGAAAUCCCUGGAUCAGCAAUACAACUAUAAAACACAUUCAGACUGUGAAGUUAUCAUUCCACUGUCCUCCUACCGAUUACGCUUCAGUUCACAUUCUGACCGCCAUCACCAGUAUAUGAAAUAUGGUAUUGAUGCCCCUAAACAUCUCGAUGGAAUGUUUUCCUGGGUUCUCUACGAUGCGGUUGAGGACCGUGUUGUUGCAGCCCGCGACCCCAUUGGCGUUACCAGCUUCUACCAAGGCUGGUCCUCCCAGACCCCUGGAGCCGUUUAUUUCGCCUCUGAACUAAAGAGCCUGCACCCGGUAUGCGACAAGAUUGUUGCCUUCCCACCAGGCCACGUCUACGAUUCCAAGACGGACACUAUGAAGCGGUAUUUCGAGCCCACAUGGUGGGAUCCCACAAAGGUACCAUCGACCCCCGUCGAUUAUAAGGUUAUUCGCGAAACGUUCGAGCGUGCAGUUCGCAAGCGCCUGAUGGCCGAGGUCCCCUAUGGUGUGCUUUUGUCCGGUGGCUUGGAUUCUAGUUUAGUCGCCUCCAUCGCACAGCGGGAGACUCUUCGCACCAGGGGUUUGCAGAACGGUUCUUCAGCUGAGUCCGGGCUCGUUGGUAUUGACGACGAGAAUGACUUGUCGACCGUGCCGAUCCUCGCGCAGUUGAACUCAUUCUCAAUUGGUUUGCCUGGAGCACCUGAUACUCAGGCCGCCAUCGAGGUUGCUAAGUUCCUUGGAACAAGGCAUCAUGCCUUUACGUUUACCAUUGAAGAUGGUCUCAAUGCGCUAUCUGAUGUGAUCUAUCACCUUGAAACCUAUGACGUGACCACAAUUCGUGCCUCGACUCCGAUGUAUCUGUUGAGCAGAAAGAUCAAAGCUCUGGGUGUGAAGAUGGUUCUGAGCGGAGAGGGUAGUGAUGAAAUCUUUGGUGGCUACCUUUACUUUCACGCGGCGCCGAACAAGGAGGAAUUCCACGCCGAGACCGUCAGAAGGGUGAAGAACCUUCAUCUCGCAGACUGUCUCCGUGCGAACAAGUCGACUUCUGCCUGGGGCCUGGAGGCCCGUGUGCCCUUCUUGGAUAAACAGUUCCUGGAGACCGCCAUGGGCGUGGAUCCACAAGACAAGAUGAUCACGAAAGACCGUAUCGAAAAGUAUAUGCUGCGAAAAGCAUUUGAUACCUCUGAUGAGCCUGACGUGGCUCCAUACCUCCCGGAUAACAUUCUCUGGCGCCAGAAGGAGCAGUUCAGUGAUGGUGUCGGAUAUGGGUGGAUUGAUGCUCUCAAGGACAACGCCGAAUUGCACGUCACUGAUGAGAUGAUGAAGAACCCUAAGCCUGAAUGGGGUGAUGAUAUUCCCACAACGAAAGAGGCUUACUGGUACCGCACGAUGUUUGACGAACACUUCCCCCCGUAUUGCGCAAGCACUGUCGAGCGAUGGGUACCCACUUGGUCUAAGCAGACUGAUCCCAGUGGACGAUCCUGCAGUGCCAUUUCAACUCACAACGCAAAAUACGAAAAUGCUGUUUAA